AUGCUAGUAGGACCGUCACACAAUUUGGAGUUCACCACAAUUGCUCACCAAGCUCAAGGAGCACCUUGUGCCUUGUUCUUGGUCCAAGCAAGUCUUGCUUUAACUAUUGUUUAUAUUGCUGUGGGUGUCUUCGUUGCUGGUUGGAUUGAGGUAUCGUGUUGGAUUCUUACCGGAGAACGGCAGACAGCUGUGAUUAGGUCAAAGUAUGUUCAAGUACUACUUAAUCAAGACAUGAGUUUUUUUGAUACGUAUGGGAACAAUGGAGACAUUGUGAGCCAAGUAUUAAGUGAUGUGCUGCUCAUUCAGUCUGCUCUCAGUGAAAAAGUGGGAAAUUAUAUUCAUAACAUGGCCACUUUCUUCAGUGGUCUUGUGAUUGGAUUUCUGAACUGUUGGCAGAUUGCCCUCAUAACUUUAGCCAGUGGCCCAUUCAUUGUUGCUGCAGGAGGUAUAUCAAAUAUAUUUCUGCAUAGGCUUGCUGAGAAUAUUCAAGAUGCAUAUGCUGAAGCAGCAAGCAUUGCUGAACAGGCAGUCUCUUAUAUUAGAACUUUAUAUGCAUUUACAAACGAAACAUUGGCCAAGUACUCUUAUGCAACUUCACUGCAAGCUACACUGAGAUAUGGCAUAUUGAUUAGUCUUGUGCAAGGACUUGGACUUGGAUUUACAUACGGGCUUGCAAUUUGUUCCUGUGCCUUACAACUUUGGGUCGGAAGGUUCUUGGUCACACAUGGCAAAGCUCAUGGUGGUGAAAUUGUAACAGCCCUAUUUGCUGUAAUCUUAAGUGGCCUUGGGCUGAAUCAAGCGGCAACAAACUUCUAUUCAUUUGAGCAAGGCAGAAUUGCUGCUUAUAGACUUUUUGAGAUGAUCAGUCGUUCGUUCUCCACUGUCAAUCAUGAUGGAAAUACCCUUCUUUCUGUACAAGGAACCAUUGAGUUUCGAAAUGUUUAUUUCAGCUAUCUGUCCCGUCCUGAAAUUCCUAUCUUGAGUGGAUUUUACCUCACUGUACCUGCUAAAAAAGCCGUGGCACUUGUUGGUAGAAAUGGCUCUGGUAAAAGCAGUAUUAUACCGCUCAUGGAACGUUUUUAUGAUCCUACAUUAGGAGAAGUUCUUUUGGAUGGAGAGAAUAUUAAGAACCUGAAAAUGGAGUGGCUAAGAAGCCAAAUUGGUUUAGUCACUCAGGAACCUGCCUUGCUAAGUUUGAGUAUCCAAGACAACAUUGCUUAUGGACGGUCUGCUACUUUAGACCAGAUUGAAGAAGCUGCUAAAAUAGCACAUGCACAUACAUUCAUCAGUUCACUUGAGAAAGGCUAUGAGACACAGGUAAUUUAA